AUGGACCCCUGCUUAAGAAAGACUACCAAGCCAAUGAAGCCAGUGGCAGGCAUGAAGAGAUCUAAACUUCAGGAGGCGUUGACUGGAGGUAUUAAGAAGAUGAAAUCAUCAACUCCUUCUGAAACCCUGGUCAACAAGACUCUGUCGCAGCCGGGAUCCUCUUCAUCUGCUUUGUCAGACGAUGCAAAGAAAACAACUACAAUAUCAACUCAAUCUUCCCUUGCCGCCAAGACUCUUUCGCAGCCAGGCAAGACUCUGUCGCAGCCGGGAUCCUCUUCAUCUGCUUUGUCUGACGAUGCAAAGAAAACAACUACAAUAUCAACUCAAUCUUCCCUUGCCGCCAAGACUCUUUCGCAGCCAGGAUCUUCUUCUGCUUUUUUUGAAGAUAGAUUGAAGAAACCUUCUUCUGGUAACACUUCGUCGAAGAAACGGUCUGAUUCAUCGUCUUCCUCUUCUUCUUCUUCGUCAUCAUCUUCCUCGUCUUCUUCAUCGUCCUCGUCCUCUUCUUCUACGUCAUCGUCCAAAAAUCAAACAAUUAAGUCCCCUCUAUCCAUGCUUCUCUCUCCCAUAAUUCUCUCCUUGCUAUCUCCUAUUAAAUCUCCAGAAAAGCUAUCCACUCCCAAACCCUCCACACUAAGGGGAAAAGCAGGAUGGUACCCACUCAACCUAAAAUUAUUAGCAGCAAACCUGUCGCUACCAAUCCUCAGUCAUUUGAAAGACCAUCAAUAA